CUGAACUUCAGUUAGCUGCAUCGAUCCUUACGCUGGGCUACGCCGGAUGCACAAAGAAAGUACAGCGAUCAGGUCGGUCUGGAGCAGUGGGAUGCUGUAGCAGAAAUGUUGUUCCCGGCUGGCUUCGACCUCAUGGCUGCAGUUCAGCCAGGAAUGACCGGUGCGCGCUACUUUGAGGAAGUCAUUCUGGCAGAUGAACGAGUGGUUUUGCUCAGCAACGCCACGUCGCAUCUAAAGGCCAUAGACGCUGGCAGCGUGACGGGCGAGAGGGUGGCGUUUAUCGUGGAGAGUGCGGCGAUUGUAGUAUAGGGUGCUGGCGGAAGGUGUGGGAGGAGACACAGUGACGAGACGAGGGUGCACCAUGGAUCUCGGUGCGGAUCAUCCUGGUAUG